AAAACUUGGUGACCAUCUGAGAAUCCAGCACAGUAUGGCAGAACAAUACAAGGUCAUUAAUGAUCCCAUCCACGGGCAUGUGGAGUUACACCCACUGCUCAUCAAAAUCAUUGACACACCUCAGUUCCAGAGACUACGACACAUCAAGCAGCUUGGAGGGGCCUACCAUGUUUACCCGGGAGCAUCCCACAACCGCUUCGAACACUCGAUUGGGGUCGCACACUUAGCAGGAGAACUUGCAAAAGCUCUGAAGGAAAAGGAGGAGGAACUCAAUAUCACUGACAGAGACGUCCUUUGUGUGCAGAUUGCUGGUCUUUGCCAUGACCUGGGACAUGGGCCCUUUUCCCAUCUUUACGAUGCAAUUUUCAUUCCAAGAGCAAAUUUCAUUCCAAGAGACAACGAUCCAGAAUAUAAUAAACUAGAGGACAAAAUGAAGAAGUGGAAGCAUGAGAAAGCCUCUGUAGAGAUGUUUGACCACAUGGUGAAAAAAAAUAAUCUGGAGGACGAGAUGAAGAAGCAUCACCUGAAGUUUGAAAAACCGGUGGAUGAGAAUGACCCAGACGGUGACGACAUGACAUUUAUUAGAGAGAUGAUUAAAGGAAAAAAAACAAAAACACCUGGGCGGGGAGUGAAGAAGUCCUUUCUCUAUGAAAUCGUGGCCAACAAAGAAACUGGCAUUGAUGUGGACAAGUUUGACUACUUUGCCAGGGACAGCUACCACCUGGGCAUCCAGACCAACUUUGACCAUCGCCGCUUUAUACACUUUGCCAGGGUGUGUCAGGUGGAAGAGAACUGGCAUAUCUGCACUAGAGACAAGGAGGUGGACAAUCUGUAUGAGAUGUUCCACACAAGGUACUGUCUCCACAGAAGGGCCUACAAGCACAAAGUUACCAAGAUCAUAGAGACUAUGAUCGCAGAGGCCUUUGUAAAAGCAGACGAGCACAUCCAGAUUAAAGGCUCAGAAGGGGAGAUGUUCUCUCUCUCCACAGCCAUAGGUGACAUGGAGGCCUACACCAAGCUGACAGAUCAUGUGUUUCAAGACAUACUCAAUUCCCCUUCAGAGGAGCUGGAUGAUGCAAAGCAGAUUCUUAAGAGGAUCAUCGAUCGAAAACACUACAGGUGUCUGGGCCAAACAAGACCAAACCUGAGCCUAACCAAGACAAUGAGAGAUCGUUGGCAACAGGAAUUGGCCGAAGCCGUCCCCAACAAUGGCGGGCUGACAGCGGAGGACUUUAUAGUUGAGGUCGUCACAAUGGACUAUGGCAUGAAAGAAAAUGACCCCAUCGAGAAUAUGUAUUUCUACAGCAGGGGAAACCCAAACCACCCAUUCAAGAUUUCCAGAGACCAGGUGUCCAAGCUCCUCCCAACCUGCUUUUCUGAGACGCUGAUCAGGGUCUACUGUAAGAAGAUUGAUGAAAUAAGUCUGAAUGCUGCCAAGGAGAACUUUCAACAGUGGUGCACAAUGAAGGGCUGGCCAAUCCCUCAGUACUAAUCCUGCAUUUAAAAGCCUACACUUAAAUAUUACCUGUGUGGGGCCCUCAUGCUGGAGGUUGUAUUGAAUGGCUUAUAAUAUCAUAAACAUCAUAUUUAUGUUUCGAGUAUUACAAUGGGUUCCCAGUUCCUAUUCCCUAGGGAAAGUUCCUACGGUCAAAAAGGGGCUUUAUGCCACAUCUCUUUGAGUUUCAGUAUCCGAGCCCAGUCUAAUUCCUGUCAUUAUUGACUUUUCUCAAUUAAUUGACUAUUAUAUUAUGGUUUAUCAAUGUAGGAAAAUAGGCAAAGCAAUGUUGACAAUUUUGCCUUGAAAGAUACUUGUGUGCUGAAUCAUUUCACACAAAUACUUGCAGAUUAAUAUUUGUUGUCAAUUGACUGAUCAACUAAUCAUCUCAUCUCCAGUGUAGUGUACUGUUGUGUUUCAGUAUUGACAAAUUACAUCUCUGACUCUGCACUGCUGUAGUUAACACUGAUGAAUUUGUCUGUCUUUAUUUACUUGCAGGAUGGAGAAAGAGCAAUACCUGAGCCCAAUGUUGGGAAAGAUAAUUAACACAGUUCAUCUGAAGUUUUGGAAGAGGGGCUUAAAAACACAAAAAGAAAGCAAACAGUCCCUGAGACUCAUUGGCUCAUUAUGAUUGAAGUUGAUUAAAUUGUUCUAUAACGAGUGUGUUAAUGAGCACAGUGCAGUACCAACACCAUUUUCUCCCAAAACUAAAGAUUUCAGAGGAAGAGGAUGCAUUAUUGCAUUAGUUGGGCCAUAUACGCUGUUUUAGAGCCCUAUUCAAUAGUAUACAAAUAACUUUGUUUUCGUUUGAUAAUUUUAAUCAUCUUUAUUUUAGACUUUAGAUCUAUAUGUCACAUUAUAAACUGAAUCACUGUUUAAUACCAUGUUGGUCGCAAAAACAUCUUUCACAGCAGACAUUUUGGCUUGUGAUCGCAGGAAAAGCACAGGUGAAAUUGACGACAUUAACGAUGGCUUAGUUCUCUGUGUAUUCCUGAUGAUGAGGGCAAGCUGUAAAACACUACCAACAUGUGAUUUAGACCUAAAGUUAACAUUUAAUUGUAGUUUAACGAUUUCAUAUGUUUAGAGGUGUUUGGUUUUGAAGUUAAUCGUGUGUUUUUGGUGUAUGUUGUGGUUUCAACAUGGGACAUCCAUCUAUAUGAAAUCAGAUUUAUGAUUACUAUAACAUUAUACUGUGUACCACUAUAUUUUAUUUCUUUCAUGUAACAAUCUGUAUGAAUGUAGUUAACACAAACUUCUAAUAUUGCUGUGUUUUGCCUUCUGUGUGAAGAUUAGUUGUAUAUUUAAUAUGUGAUCAGUAUGGGUGUCUCAAUUUAAAUUCUAAAUCGAAAAUCAAAAUGAGCUUUCAAUGUUGAUUUAUGAAAUCAAAGCCAGGAUUGGCAAAUCACAAGUUUGAUUGUAUGGCCUUAAUGUGGCACAUUAAAGAAAAAUAUAACAGUUUUAUCACUUUAUAUCAUGUAGUGCAUCUUUUAAAGAAUUUGAAAAUGUAAGUAAUUGUUAAACUGUAGUUUUAAUCAAAUUGUGAAAAUUGAAAGUCUAAUCAAAGCUGGAUUUGGAGAAUCAAGACACUAAUAAUAAUAAUGGGGCUGUAAAGGGAAACCUACCAAAGGUUAUUAGAACUUGUUUUCCUAACAAGAUGUGUUGCUAUUAACAGAUUGGGUCUGCUCUUUUCGUCGAACACCAGAUGAAAUCAUACUAUUAUAUUUCCCAGCUAUAAUAAUGAUGAUGCUUCCACUGAAUAUUUCAAUAAAAAUAUGUUGUCAAAGAAAAAAGCUUUUCUGAAGAAA